AUGAUGGAUCAGAUCGAGAGAGAAGAGAAGAUGAAAUCUAGAGACCUCGAUUGGUCAGAGAUCUGUUCCGAUGCACUGCGAUUGAUCCUCGAGAGCUUAAGCUCCCAGAUUUCCACCGAGCAAGAACAGUCUGCUCGACCUGGUACUCCGUCUCGAAAUCGUGCGCCGCGGGAUCGCGAAACAGAUCUCGGAGCCGAGUUCCCCGGGAGCCGGUGCGUCGCGAGUCACGGCAGCUGGUUGCUGAUGCUGAGCCCCCGACUCGAUUUCUCCGUCGUAAACGCGUUCACCGGCGAGAGAAUCGACCUCCCGCCUCUAUCGCUCCGAGGCGAGGUGGUGAGGCUCCGGAGAAAAGACGACGGCGACUUCUUACUCGAGCACUCUUGGAUGGAUCGGGAGACGAUCAUCAACAGAGAGAGGUAUAUCAACACGGCUGUAUUGUGGGUCGACGAGACGACGAGAGACUAUGUGCCGCGGGAAUACGUUUGGAAGACGAGAGUAGCGAUCACUAGUUCAGGAGAUGUUCUGAUCAUUGUGAGCUUAAAGGCAUUCCCUGAGAACCAAGAGAAGCGUCUGUUCUACAUCUUUAAGAUGGAUCUUGAAGGAGAGGAAUGGGAGCGAGUAGAUUCUCUGGGCGAUCAUAUAUUGGUUUUUGGUGAUGGGCACAUAUUAGCAGCAGCAAGAGGUAAAGAAGAAGAUGUUGGUGGAGGAGGAGGAAUCAUCAAGAGCGAUUCAAUCUAUUUCGUUGGUGAUGAUGUUUGGCCGCGUCAGAAGGAGAAAGCGUUUCAAUGUAGCAUCGGUGCUUUUGAUCUUGCGACAAACAGUAUAAGCUGGUUUCACUCUCCUUAUUACUUGUUCAACACUCGCUUGCUUGCUCCAGGAUCUGAUAAAAAAUGA